AUGAUUAAUUAAGAAGAAUCAAACAAUCAGAUAUCUGAUCCAAAUGAAUAGGUUUCAAAAUAUUAAAUAGUUUUCAGUACCGAAUAAGAAACAAAUAAGCAGGAAUGUAUUAUAAAAUUGAAAGAUUAAAACAUCAAAUUUUUUAUCCCAGAGACUGAUGAAGCAUAGGAAUUGUGUGCUCUUCUUGAUAAUAAGAAACAACUUCAAGAUUCCUAAUACCCAAAAUAUGUAGAAUUAUUUUUACAAAAAUAUAAUGAAUUUGAAGACAGAUUUAAUGCAUUUUUCACUUGUAGUCCUAGACAAUUUAAAAUAAGUUUUGAUUUAAAUUAACUUAUCAUAACAAUAGUGUAUUGGAGUACAUUCUUCAGUGUUCUCUCAGAAUCUAUUGUAAAAUUGAAAUUUAUUUUAGGCAAUAGAAAAUAAUUAAAUCAUAAAAAAUGAUACAAUACGUUAAUAAAUAGCUCAUCAAUUGCCUGUAUAUGCUUUUUUAUAUACAAUAUCAUCAUAAAUGUAAUAAAUUAUCAAAAAUUUAGUUGUUAAUAGAUUAAAAACUAUUUAAUUUGGAUCUUUUUAUUUAUAGGUUUAAUAAUAAUUCCUGCUUUUGUUCUACUAGGAUACCAUCUUAAUAUUUUUGGAAAUUAUGAUGGAUUUUCAUAAGAUUACAUAGGGAUUGGAUAUUGCAUAUUAAGUUUUGUAAUUUUUAUAAAUUCUCUAAUAAAUAGAGGAUUUUUAGAAUAUAUUAGAAAAGUUUCUUCAGCAGUUAUAGCUACUUUAUUUAAUUGUAGUUUUUGUGUAUUAGUUUCAUAUUUCAUUCUUUUUAAAAUAAUAGCCUUUGUACUUCUUAUUUAAUCAACAUAAGUAGAAUAUAUUAUUGAUAAUAUAUCAACAAUAAUAGCUCCAUCUACAUUUAUAGUAAUAUUUUUAUUUUCAAUUUUUCUAUUAAAAGGAUUAUUUAAUCUACCAAGGAAGACAAUAAAAUAUGAUUUAUAUUAACUAUCAUUAUAAAAGUAUGCAGAUGACGAUAUUAAAAAUGAAUUUUCUAAUUAUAAUAUGAAUAAAAGAUCAAGAUAAUUAUUUAAAAAGUUAAAGCUCCAAAAAUUUGUUCCAAUUAUGAUUACAAUUUGUUAUGCUUUUAUUGAAAUUUUUUGUUAUGCUAAUUUAAUCAUAGGAUUAAAAUCAUAUGAUUUUGAAUAGAUCAUUACUUUUGGAUUUUUAAUUUUGGCUAUUCCUAUAUUUAUAAUAUUUGGGAUAUGUAUAAGUAAUUCAAGAUUCAAGAAAUAGAAUUUAUAUUUAUACAUUCCUUUAAUAUUUGGUGCUAUAUUUAGUGUUAUAUGUAUUAAAAUAUGGAGUUUGACAAUUGAAAAUUAAUAUAUAAAAUCAAUUUCUAGAUUAAUAGGUAUAUGUCCAUUAAUUAUAUCAUUAAUGUGGCUUACAGUAGGAUUCUUUAAAUCUGAAAAAAGAAAUCAAAAACUUUUUGUAAUGCUUUUUUCAUGUUUUUCUUUUGCUUUACCUUUUGGUAUUUUAUUAACAUUUUCUGUUUAUUUUAAUGAUAAAGGAUUAGAGAUAGGAGCAUUUGUGUUGGCUAGUGCUGGACUUAUUCCAAUAAUAUUGUUAAUCAUUUAUUAUAUUAUUGUAGUUUUAAUCUAUUUAGUAAAAUUACCAAAAUAAGCAGAAAACUUAUAAUUUGUUGUUUAUGAGUACAUCAAUUUAAAUAGUUAUGCAGUUUGGUAUAAUUCUAUGUGUUUUAUAAUAUCCUUUUAUUUAAUUUGUUAUUUUGCUUGGAAUGAACCAAUUACAGCUACUGGAACAAAAAAAGGAACAGUAAAUUAUUAUUUAUACUUUUAGAUAAUUGGUUUAUUGAGUAUACAUACAAUUUUAUUUAUUUUAACAAGUCAUGCUUUAUCUCUUGAAGUCAAAGAACAAACAUAAUAAAAAAUUGAUUAAUAAGAGAAUUUAACUUAUACUUAAAAGUUCAUAAAUAGAAUGUAGGAUUUUACUACAGUAGGUAUUUUACUUCCAUUUAUAGUAUUAUUACCAAUAUCAUAAUCUGUUGAAAGUGAAGUAACUAAGAAUGCUUUAUUAGCAAAUACAAUUGGUAUACCCUUAUCAUUUUUGUAUUACAAAUUUUAGAUUUCAUUAAAAUAAGAUUCAUUUAUCUAUUAAUAAUUUAUUCAACCAUUAGUAGUUAUUGUAGGCUGGACAUUUAUAAUAGGUCCAAUAGGAACUAUAUUUCCUAUUCUUGCAAAUUAUUUUGAAAAUUCAUCAACAGAAUUUGCUUUAUUUGCUUAAUUAGCUGUUGCUUAUUCUAUAUUAAUUAUUAUAAUAAGUAUUACAGUAUUAUCUAUUUUUUAUUCUGUUUUAUUAAAUAAAGAAUAAUUAGAAAUGAAAAAGAAAGAAGUACUUAGAGCAGUUAUGAAAGAGUUUUCUGAAAAUGGAGUAUAUGCAACAGAAGAUAUUUCAUCUUUAUUAUUUGUAAGAUAUGUUUAACAUAGAAAUUGUAUUAAGUUAGAAAAAGAUUUAAUUAUAGGUGAUCCAGUAAAUAUGUAUGAACAUCCAGAACCUGCAGAAAAUAAUAAUAUUAAAUUUAUUCUUGUAACAAAAUAAGAUUAUGAAAAUAAAAAGAAAUUAGAAUAUAUAUAAGAAAGAAAAAGAUUAAAAAUAAGAAAAUCUUUAAGUGAUAAUGAAACAGAUAUGGUAUCAUUAACAUCUGCAGAUACAAUUAAUUAAAAAAAUUAAGAAGAAUAACAUGGAUGUUUAUAUCAAGUUUAAGAUUGUUUAUUUUCUUGUUUAUUGUGUAAAUUUGGUUAUUAUGAUUUAGAAGAUAUGGAAUAAAAUGAAAUUAAUAAAUAAAAAGAUUUAUAAGAAUUAAAAAAAUAAAAAUAAUGUUUUGAAUAAAAAAUAGAAUUAAAAAGAAGAAUAAGAUAAAGACAUUCAAGUAUAUUAUAAUAAGAUAAUAAAUAUCUUGAUUAAUAUUAACCUAUUAAAGUAGAUUCUAGGAGAGCAGAAAGAUUUUGGAUAGCUGUUUAUCAUUAUUUUUUUAAUAAAGGUGAUUUGUCAAAUAUCUUAGAGAUUUUAAAAUUAGAAAAGGAUUAUGAAAUAUUAAAAUAAUAUUAAAGUUUUGAAGAAAAUAAUGGAGGGUUUAUUUUAUCAGAGGAAGACUUUGCCUUAUUAAUUUAUGAUAAUUAUAGAGAUGAAAAUUAUUCUUAUUUAGAAAUUAUUUAAAAAUUGGCUUUAUAAAGUUAUUAUCAUUUGGUUACUGAUCAUCCUGAUUUUUAUUAACAAAUAACAAAAUUUAAGGAUGUUUCAAGUGUGAUUUAAGAAUAAAAUUUUAUAAAAAUUGAGAGAAUUAAAGAAGAAAGGAAAUGUUUAAAUAAAAUAUUAGUACCAGAGCAAUUACAAACAAAUAAAUUAAAUGAAAUAUUGUCUUCUGAAUAUAAAGAUCUUGAUUAAAAAUAUUAAUAGAAAAUAUUAGAGAUUGAAAAUAAUUACAAAAACAAAAUUCCUCAUUAAUGGGAAAAGAAGAUUUGGGAAAUUUGUAAAUAAAUACAUAUAGCUAUUUGGAUUACACCUAAAAAAUAUACACAAAAAUUAAUGAAUCAAUUAGCAGAUCUCUAUAGUAAAAUUGCUCCUAUAGAACCUAAAGCAAAUCCUAUAAAUGAAGAUUGGAGUAGAAUAGCAUAAAAAAUAUGUAGAGUUUUAGUUGAUGAAUUUAAUAAAUUUGAUAAAAAAUCAAAUGAAUAAGAAUUCCAUUUUAAACUUACAAUAACAAAUCUUUUAGCUGCAUUCUUAAGAGUUUAUGAUCUUUAUGGAUUAAUAACAUUAUCAUUUGAUUCUUAAGUAGGUUGGUUUGGAGAGAGUUCUGAAUUUAAACCUAUAAAAAUGGUAGAUUAUUCUGCUAUUUGGAGUGAAUACAACUUUUUCUUCUUUUUAGCUCUAGUUAUGAGUAUUGCUUAUAUUGUUUUAGGAUUAUAAGCUAGUAAAUAAAUAGCUGAUAAUUCAUUUGGUUUUAAUGAGGAUGGAUCAAUAGCAGGAAUCAAAAGUUUAAGAUUUUGGUUAAGUAAAACCAUAUAAAUUAUUAGCGGAUAAUUUAUAUUUGUAAUGAAGACAUACAUAGAUGCCUUUAUUUGUGAUUAUAGUGAAUAUCCAUAUACUUUAGUAAGAUAGCCAUCAGUAGAAUGUAUGAGUGACAUACAUUUUUUAUAUAUAUCUUUAGCAAUAGUAGGCUGUGGAAUUUAUUAUCCUCUUUCAACAUACUUAUAACCUACAUUUCAAUUCAUGGAUCGUUCCUUAGAUCUAAAAUACAAAUCAAAUUUUGUAGUCUUAUAUAUAUAAGCUAAAUUAUUGAUAUUAGGGUCAAGUUCAGUAUUUUCAAAUUUGUAAGAAUAAGCAUAUUAAUACUAAAUGCUUUUCUCUUUUGCAGUGAUGAGUGCUUUAAUUUAUUUCCAUUUUAGACUUGAUCCCUCAUAUAUCAAAUGGUUUAAUAUAGUUGACAGAUCUUUAUUACUAAUAUUAUGUUAUGUAUAUAAAUAUAUAUUAAUAAUAGUUCUAUUUUGGGGCAUUCAUUAUUCUAUCUAGUAAAAGUGUAUUAGCUGGAUGGAUCAUAUCCUUAAUAUUUACUUUUGGUACAUUAUUAUACUUAAUCUACUACCUGAUAUAAUAAAUCAUUAAAUAUAGGCGUAUUUAAUAAAAUUAAAUAAGACCUAUACAAUCAUAGGAAUAAAAUUGA